AUGCGCAGUGUUGUUGCCGACACGAUGGUAUCGCUAUUCUCGGUCAUUCUAGCUUUUAGUCUAUCCCUUGUGGCCGGACAAUGGACAGAAACUUUGGCUGAGCUGGGUACCCUCUAUCCUUUUACUCCGCCGCCAGACUGUUCUUUGUUUUCCGCGCGAACUUCAGGGUUUCUUCAAUUUGGCGACACCCGAACGCGAAUUCUCUACUCGACCUCUUUUCAACAGGGUUGUUAUUCUAGCAGAACAAGCUGCUGCCCUAGAAAUUUCGGUCGUGGGUUCUAUAGUCCGGCGAGCGGUUGUCCCCCUGGCUACACAAAGCAUGAGACAAUAACGUUCUCUGGUCGACGGUACAUUGGUUUCACCUACGAGUUAUCUGAGAAGCGAGGAGACGUUUGUUGUCCUAGUGUUGUUGAUCCAGUUACAGAGUACGAAUAUACUCCUGUAUUUGGCAGCUGUGAUGGCUCCUUCAUAAGACUGGUAACAGGGUCAGAAACCUUUGAAUCGUAUUAUGGAGCGAGCGCGAUAGUCGUUGUUACCGAGGCGGGACUCCCCGGAACUACCCCCGCGGAAACGAGCACUACAACAUCUACAUCUUCCAGCUCAGCAACAGUCAGGAGCGGAAGUGAUCGAGAGAUCCCAUCAGAAACCGGUUCAAAAAUUAGUUCUACUUCAGAGACAAGCACUGCACCAAGAACCGAAUCGGAAUUAUCAACUAGCACGGGAUUGAAAACUAGCUCUACAUCAUCUAAUCCGGUACCCUCAAAACCUCUACCGCCUGGAGGCACUGAAGGUGAUUCUAAAACUCCCAACAAUUCAAACAAGAAGGGGUUGUCGACAGGGGCAAAGGCCGGCAUAGCCGUAGGUGUUACAGUCCCGGUUCUAAUAGGGCUUAUCUACGCCGUCUAUUUAUUCAGUCGACGAAGAGGGAAGGCCCCAGUUCCAGCAGCUGUAGAGACCUCAAAGUAUGGAGGAGAAGCUCAGGACGUUGGCUUUGGUGGCAUACACACCGAUAAUAAAAUUUAA